AUGAGAUUGGCUGGCUUGCUGGCCACCGUUUCGGUGAUCUUGUCCAACACUCUGGGCUUUGUCGCCGCACAAGGUUCCAAGCCGGUGUUUGCUCACUUCAUGGUGGGCAUUGUCGAGAAAUUUACCGUUCAAGAUUGGCUAAAUGAAAUCCAACAAGCCCAAGCUAUCGGCAUUGAUGGCUUUGCGUUAAACUGCGCUCCUCCCUGGGUUGAUAGCUACACGCCAAAGCAGCUUGACAAUGCAUAUACGGCCGCCCAGCAGCUCAACUUCAAAAUGUUCAUUUCAUUUGACUUUGCGUACUGGUCUAAUGGCGACACGGGCAACAUUACCAGCUUUGUUGGCAAAUACGCUGCUCACCCGGCCCAGGCAAAAUUUAACGGAGGUGCACUCGUCAGCACCUUUGUUGGUGAUAGUUUCAACUGGAAUGCCGUGAAGAGCGCUCUGGGCAGCCAGAAACUGACAGUGAUUCCCAAUAUGCAGGACCCUGCCUCCCUUGGAAGCGUCAGCACCCAGUUUGGCAUUGAUGGGGCGUUUUCAUGGUAUGCUUGGCCUACAGACGGCGGUAACAGCGUCAUCGAAGGGCCUAUGACAACCGUGUGGGAUCAGAGAUAUAUACAAGGGCUUGGUGGUCGGCCCUACAUGGCACCGGUCUCUCCGUGGUUUUCAACCCAUUUCAAUACUAAGAACUGGGUCUUCAUCUGCGAAGAGCAGCCAGUCCGUCGGUGGCAGCAGAUUCUUGACAUGAAGCCAGCCCUGGUUGAAAUUAUUACGUGGAAUGACUUUGGUGAAAGCCACUAUAUUUCCGGCUCAGAGCCUAACCACAGCGAUGACGGGUCAUCCCAAUGGGCCAAUGGCUUUCCCCAUGAUGGCUGGCGUGAUAUCUACAGGCCAUACAUUGCGGCCUACAAGGCCGGCGCAUCUUCUCCUACAGUGAAUACAGAUGAGAUUGUCUACUGGUAUCGCCCGACUCCACAUGCUGCCCGAUGCAGCAACGAUCCGUUGGGCAUCCCUCGAGGGGCCGAGUUGAUGGACGACCUGGUCUUUGUCAGCACAUUGCUCACGCAGCCUGCACAAUUGACCGUCACAAGUGGAAACGUGGCUCCUGUCACCGUAAAUGCUGAUGCCGGUGUUCACGUUUUCAACUUCACCAUGGGCAUUGGCAAGCAGUCGUUCUCCGUCUCUCGCGGUGGCAGGCAGAUUCUAGGAGGCCAAAGCGCAAAGGAUACCGUCAGCUCGUGCCAGACUUACAACUUUAACGCAUACGUGGGCAAGUUCUAG